AAGUCGUCGAUCACUGCAUGGAAGCGCAGGGCUGAGUGCAAUUCCAGUUUCUCCUUCCGGCUACUGCAUCUUGAAUAGAAUCGUGAUUGGCCGACUUCAGCGUCAGAGCAUGGUGAUCGCUGCCGGACUCCGCCAUGGCAGCUUCCUUCUCGCUUCUCACUCAGCCUUGCAAUACGAUGACGAUCUUCUUCACGUACACUUGAAACUAAACAUGCUUGUCGAGAAAGUAUAUAGCAAGCAUGCAUAUCCCCGAAAGAGCUCGAAGACAAUAACUUAACAUUAAAAAAUCAUCAUGUCGACCUACGCAUUUAGUAUACAGUCAAGCCAGACAUUAGUAAAUGAGAAAGCUCCUCCUCCUUCGUAUGAGGUCGCUGCUUCUCAAGAUGGUUCUCAAGACUUGAAGGCUUUCCCUCAAGCCCCGGCACAGCCAACACCCUUCCGCUUCCCCCAAAACUUCGGAUUCUACCACGCCUCCGGCUCCUUCUCAGACCUAGUCAUCGCCUCCCAAAAAGACGACCCAAACCCCCUCUUCUACAUCAGCACCCACGGCGGCUUUUCUUCCCAACCCUCAGUCGUCCUGCACUCCUCCCGCUUCUCCACCUCCCCACCCCUCGCAACAGCAGACUUCCACUCCUUCUCCUCCACCAUCGACAUGUCUCUUUACCUCCCCGGCUCCCCCAACCAAAUCUCGUCCAUGGAGAGCUCCGGCGCAUUUACCUACACGCGACGAUUCAGCGCCCGGAUGCCGUCCGGCGGAAAGGAGGCUUUUGAGUGGAAGAAUAGUCAGGGUGUGGAAGUGCAGUCAUUGCAUGGGAGGGGUCAUGGGAAGAAGUGUAUCAGGGUUGCGACGGGAGAGGUGGUGGCUGCGUUUACGCAUCCGGAUAUGAGUCGGAAUAAGAAGGGCAAGAUGGCUUUCUUGGGGGAUAGGGCGGGGCUUGGGGAGGGGUUUGAGGUUUUGUGUGUUAUGGCUAUGCUUGCUAUUAUGGAGAAAGAGAGGAGGGCGAAGAGGAGUAGGAAUGGUGCUGUUGCUGGUGGCGCGGGAGCGAGUGCCGGAGGUGGUGGAUGUUAGUGUUUGGAUAGGUGUGAGAGUUUAUAUAUACCCGAAUUUGAUUCUUUCGUUUCUUUCUCGUCUAUGUAUAUACCAGGUGCCAAUACUUUAACAGCAAGUCG